CUCACACGUGGCGCGGCUCACCAUCAUCUCGGAGGUGCUCAACACUCACUCACCUGAUCACACUCAUACCGUUGCUGAAGAUGACCAGUCGACUUAUUAUUGUCAGUUUGUUGCUGCUGGAGUCCCUCACUCAGGCUCAGAUACAUGGAGGCACUACAGUAGAUGGUGAGGCCCUCGCAGCUGAUGUUACUACUCCAGGACCAGGCUCAGACUCUUCCCCGGGGCCUGGCUUAGACACUACUCCGGGGUCUGGCUUAGACACUACUCCGGGGUCUGGCUUAGACACUACCCCGGGGUCUGGCUUAGACACUGCCUCGGGGCCUGGCUCAGACCCUGCCCCGGGGCCUGUCUCGGAACAUUCCAUUGCCGUCACUUCUAUGCCUAAUAGUGAGGGGAAUGAGACUAUGACUACAAGUGAAAUAUCCACAGUUACCACAACAGAACGGUCACGAGAUACAUCUGAUACUUCACUAGCGUCAGAGGCUGCCACAGUGACCCCUGCUAUUGACACCGAUGACAGGCAACUAGACGCCACUACCACACAGGAGACCGUGCUGCUAAACGUGGGCUCAGAGAUUGAUACAAAUGACAUAUCAUCCCCAUCACCACAUUCUUCGACUAUUGAGCCAGCUGUCGGUGAUGAAGAAGUCGAACGAGAACCUUCCUUCGCUGUUGUUUCAACGCCUUCCUCAUCCUUAAACACCAUAAACCAGGAAGCCAACACUUUACCACUCGAUGAGGAACAUUCAACUGAAGCCUCAUUACCAGACUCUUCUCCUGAACCUGUUCCAGAUGAAGACAUGACCUCACUGAACAACUCCAUAUAA